CCCGUUAGCUGGCUGGGUGGUGCUAAUAACUGCUGUUGGUUCAUAUUCUUUCUGAUUACUGUUCCCUCCGCAGCCAAAACACACACACACGCCCCUGAACAUUCCGGCUGCUUGUAAAGUCAAGCUCCGAGCUGCUGAGGAGAGAGCAGGGAGCUCUGACCCGACUCCGAUGUAGUUGUGGGAAGAAAAGUCGGGUUCUGCUCCCAGGCAGUUGUGCCCUUUCUGAAAUGACUGCACCGGUUUCACUUGAACAACUCAACCGGUUACAAAACAACCCACUCCUGUGAACGGACCUUUAUUUCUGAGGUCGGGGGCGCAUAAUGACUUUGCAACAUUCGCUCCGGCGCCCCUCAUCCUUGAAAGUGCUGGGUGCUGUUCUCCUCCUCAUUCCCUGGAGUCCGGGUGCCCCCCUGGAACAGGAGCCCGAGAGGGUUACAGCGAGCGAACCUGUGCGGCUGCAGGCAACCGUGGCAUUCCUAGAAAAGUACGGCUACCUGGAACCUGGUCCUCCUGAGGAACUGAGUUUAGCUCAGGUCAAAGAGGCAGUCAGGAAGUUCCAAUGGAUCUCUCACCUCCCUGUGAGUGGGGCCCUGGAUGAGCCCACAGUGCAGCAGAUGAUGGAGCCACGAUGUGGGGUCAAGGAUGUUGGAAGCCAAAGGGCCUGGCAGGAACAUGUGGAAAACCUCUUCCUGGGUCGAGCCACCAUGCGAAGCCGCGCCAAACGUUACUUACAACAAGGAGAGAAGUGGUACAAGCACCACUUGACAUACAAGAUUAUAAACUGGCCAAGGUACUUGGAACAAAGCCGGGUGAAGAUGGCGGUGAGAACGGCCUUUGAGCUGUGGAGUAACGCAUCACCGCUGACCUUCUGGGAGGUGAUGGAUGGCCCUGCGGACAUCCGCUUGGCGUUCUACCAGGGGGAGCACAACGACGGAAUUGGCAACGCUUUCGAUGGACCAGGUGGUGCCUUAGCGCACGCCUUCUUCCCCCGAAGAGGAGAAGCUCAUUUUGACAACGACGAGAGGUGGUCUCUCAACCGCGGCAAAGGGAGGAACCUGUUCAUCGUCACGGCCCACGAGAUUGGCCACACCCUGGGCCUCGAGCACUCUCCCGUUAAAAACGCCCUAAUGUCUCCAUUUUACAAAAAGCUAGGCCGGGACUUCCUCCUCAGCUGGGAUGACAAGAUGGCCAUUCAGAAACUGUACGGAGAACCGCUGCGUGAGCCUGUGCUGCAGCUGCCCGGAAAGUUGCUGACCUUUUUCCAGAAUGCAGCCGAGCACGCCAAGCCCAGAAUCCCAUCAGAUGACCAUCUGCCUCCCUCCUACUGCCAGACCCACUUUGACACCAUCACUAAGGAUUUAAAACAAAAUAUUUACAUAUUCCGAGGAGCAGAUUACUGGAAAAUCUCAAAAGACGGGAAUAUAAAGGGCCCUCUGUCAAUCCAGAAGAGCUGGCCUGAGCUGCCCUCAGCUAUUGAGGCAGCUGCUGUGUCGGAUAAGGAAGGGAAAUUCUACUUCUUCAGAGGGGGCCGCUGCUGGAGGUACGCUGGAGACCAGCUGGACCGGGGCUUCCCGAUGAAGGUCAAGACCAUGGGUCUCCCUCGCCACCCGGACGCAGCCUUCUACUUCCAACCGCUGAAUCAUGUGGUGAUCUUCAAAGGGUCAAAGUACUUUGUCCUAAAUGAAGAGCUAAUGCAGGUGGAGCAGUAUUACCCUCGAACCCUCAGCGAUUGGAAAGGCAUCCCCGUUGGCAUCAACGGUGUCUUCACCUGGAAUGAGAAGCGCACCUAUUUCUUCAAGGAUGAGACGUACUGGAAAUUUGACAACAGCAGGCUGAAGAUGCUGCACCAGGGCAAGUGGGCGAAGGAGCUGCAAUGGACUGGCUGUUACCACAGGAACACAACGGGCACGGAGCACUUGCAAACGUGACCCGAGCCAAGCUUGGCAAUCAACCCGGGCUCCGUUGCAGAGGUGUGACAUUUCCUGCUCUUGUGGAAAUUGGUAUUCGGAGCUCCAGCACAUCCUAUCAGGAGGAAGUAACACAAUGAGAGGCUAUCAAGGAAACCCGAACACAAUCCAGGAGACCACAUACCUCUGUCAUAGAGACAAGGGUAUAAAAUAACUCAAGGCACAGGAUAUCUGAUUUCCCUCAUGCCGGAAAAGGGAAGGGCAUUCCAAAAAUCCGGCAUGGAAUAUCCAUUACCAUAUACACAUUGGCAGAGUAUACAGUAAUCCCAAUCCCAACAUGAGAAAUGGAAAGCUCACAGAAAGGGGAACUGUUCCACAGUGUGUUAACUCCACAUUAUCACAAUUAUACAGCUCUUCCUUCAGGCUAUUCCCUACCUGCUUGGUGCUUUGUAACUACAAAUCGUUUUUUUUUUCUGAUCAAGAGCCUCCGUCUCACUGAAGAGGGAUCAGGGCAAUUCGCCCCCACCAACCUGCUGUGAAAGCUCUGCUCACAAUUUGUCAGUUCUAACAAAGUCCACAGCUGCGGCCCAGCCAACCCACAACAUUCUAAAGGAUGGUCGAUGUGCUCUACCUCCCAUUGUUCAUGGAUCCAUAGGGGCAUAGAGUCAUACAGUAUGGAAACUGGCCCUUUCGCCUAACUUGUCCGUGCUGACCAGGUUUCCAAAAUCAAACUAGUCCCAUUUGCUUUAAAAUAUUCCAGAGCUCAGAACUGCAACUUUCCUAAAGCCUGUUCGGUCCUUCCCUGGCUCCUAUCCUGUUUUUGUUGCAAAGCGUCCAUUAGUUUGGGAGAUGACUUGUUUGAGCUCCCCCGAUGGGAUAAUGCAGCAGUGUAGCCUGGAGUAGUGUGCUGGAACUAUGCCGAAAGUGCCAAUGCAGUUAGCUUGGUGGGAAUUAUUUCUGAAGUUAAAUCUUCUCAUGGGUCAGAGUCCAGAACCCUCUGAAAAGGUCUCCAACUCUUGGGUUCGAGUCCCAGGCCUCAGAGGGCUUUGAUGUUCUCAGCUUAAUUCUGACUUAGAGAAAGAUUCCUGGUUAACUCUAAAGCUGACCUAACCAUAGCUCACCACAUACAACACUCCCAACCUGCAUUUGACUGCUACCCCAUCUCAAUCCAACCUCUCACUCCCUGUAUCUGGCCUCUGAUGACCUGAUCCUUUACUCUCUCUCUCUUUCUCUUUCUCUCUCUCUGUCUCUCUCUGUUUCUCUGUCACCUCACCCUAUACAUCAGGAGGAAGGCAUAGAGUACCCUACACACAAAUAUGGAAGUCUAAAGUAACCUACACACAAAGAUAAGGAUAGACUGUACUCUACACAUAAGGAUGAUAGUAUAAAGUUCCGUACACAUUAUCCCCUCAUACUAAAGUACCCUACAGUCAAAGAUAGGAGUGUAGAUUGUUCUAUACACAAGGACAAGUGUAUAGAAUAUCCUAUACACAGGAUGAGGAUAUGGAGUACCCUAUACAUCGGGUGAGGUUACAGAUUACCCUAAACACAAAGAGCACACUACAGACAGGAUACAGUGUAUUGUCAUGUUGGGGUGGAAGGCACCUGAUGUAUCAAUCCUCUGUGCAAAUAUUAAUAUGUCAUUGGCCAAAUUGUAAAGCCACCUGUUCAUAUAGUCUUUCAAUUCUUCAAAACCAUUUUGUUUUUGCAGUGACAGAGGGCAAGGGCAGAAAAUGCAAGCUGAAUUUUGUUUGGUUUCAUUAGUAAUUGUUUAAAAUAAUUUUUCCUUACAUCCUAUGAUCAGUUUUCUAUACUGAUAUCUGAUCAGUAUUUAUUGUUUAAUGUCAGAACUUGCCGACAGUGCUCCAUCUAAGCACAACACCACUGAAUCAUUCCUCACUCUGAACUUUACUCCCUCUGUGUUGCUGGAGAGAGAGGGGAAUGUCAGCUCUGCUUUGACAUAUCUGCCACAGUUUCAUCACAUGACCUCUGAAUGCCACACCCUCACCCUCCUGCCAUUGGUCACUGGACGCACCCAUCCUCAUGGGAGUCUGCCUUCCAACAGCCAAUGGGAAAGCAAACAGUUGAUUGAAUGAUUCUUCACCAUCAGCAAAAGCUAAAGAGCAGAAGUAAUGGAAAGCAAGAAACUUCUGAGUUUUAAAGCCCUGAUGGUAACCUCUGGGUUUGUUCAAAUCAUUGUCCUGAAAAAGUAUCAUUCAUUCAGGGAAAUUCCAGGGCAUCACUGGUCUAGUCCUUUGUCCUUUUUACUCAACCAAAGUUUUGAUGAGUCUGUGUAUUUAUGUUAAUCACUUUGAGCUGUAAUUAAACCGAAGCUGCCUUCUGAAA